UGUGUCAUUGUGAACAGUGUCGCAACCUCACUCAAUUCAAACAACAACAACGUUGUUUUUUAUUGUUAAUUUUAUUGUUAAUUUAACAAAAAAAUGGACGGUGACAUGAGAAAAUAUGUAAAGACGAUGACGGAGGUCAGUUCGAAAGAUUUAUCCGAGAAAUUGUUCACCGUGUUCGGCUUCAGGACCUUCAAGAACGAUUUGCAGAAAAAGGCGAUCGUGGAGAUCGUCAAAAGGAGGCACGAUGUUUUUGUCUCGAUGCCGACCGGCUCGGGGAAAUCGCUUUGCUUCCAGUUACCAGCCCUCAUGCAUGAAAACAAAAUCGCAAUCGUCUUCUCACCACUUCUGGCUUUGAUGAAGGAUCAAAUUGAUGGCCUUAGAAAGAUGAAAAUAAAGGCAGAGACCGUUAAUUCAAAGGUGUCUGCUGCGGAGAGACAGAGGGUCAUCAAUGAUUUGAAUUGUGUCAAGUCAGACACAAAAUUGUUGUAUAUUACACCAGAGUUUGCUGCAACCGAUACUUUUAAGUUGAUUUUAUCAAAAUUGUACAAGUUUAAAAAAUUGAGUUAUGUCGUUGUCGAUGAGGCGCACUGUGUGAGCCAAUGGGGCCACAACUUUCGCCCUGAUUAUUUGAAACUGGGAAAGAUUAGAGAUGUGAUUCCAGAUGUGCCUUGGAUCGCUUUAACAGCAACAGCUAGUAAACAUGUUGCUGACGAUAUAAAGAAGCACUUGAAACUGAAAGAACCCGUACAGUCAUUUAAAACCUCUUGCUUCCGGUCUAAUCUUUUUUACGAUGUUGUUUAUGAAGAUUUAUUACAAGAUCCGUAUUCACAUUUAAAAGAUUUUAUUGAAGAUAUAUUUGAGAAGGAGGACAAUUGCUCGAAAAUUUGUGACAAAGGCUGUGGGAUAAUAUAUUGUAGGACAAGAGAACUGACAGAGGAAGUUGCUAGAGUAUUGUCUAGGAAAGGAAUUCCCACUGUACCGUAUCAUGCCGGACUGAAAGACAAGGAAAGGAUUCAGGUUCAAGAUGAUUGGUUCUCAGGGAAAUACAGUGUCAUUUCGGCGACUGUAAGCUUUGGAAUGGGAGUCGAUAAGAGUUCCGUCAGAUUUGUCAUUCACUGGGGGAUGGCUUCAAGCAUUCCGGCUUAUUACCAAGAAAGUGGCCGUGCUGGGCGAGAUGGCAAGCCAGCGUAUUGCCGCAUUUAUCACUCCAAGACACAGAGGAAAUCUCUUGAUUUUAUCUUGAAGCUGGAACAGUCACAAGCAAAAAACGAAUCUAUGGAACAAAAGGCGAAAGCUAAUUACAAAAAUUUUCAAAUCAUGGUUGAUUACUGUGAAACUGCUAGAUGCCGACAUUGGAGUUUUGCAAAGUUUUUUGAUGAUAGUAAGCCCAACUGUCAAAAAAAGUGCGAUGUUUGUAAAAACCAGAAACAAGUUGAAGCACUCAUAGAAGAUUUUCACAGUGUCGCUACAGGCUAUCAUACUUUCCAACUGACAGCAUCAGCUAGAACUGCGACCAGUGAUGAAAUGUACGGAGAUUUGAUGAAUAAAAAUGCAGGGGUCAAUGAAGACAAUAUAAUAGAGGACAAAUGGGGUCGAGACGUCUAUUCUGAGAAGGACACGGAACUGCUAGAUACGAUAAAACAACAGUUCAAGCUUAGAAAAGGAAAUCAAAAUGAGGUGGCAGGAAAUGAAAUUGUCAUUAAAAAUUCUAUUGUAAACGCAGCGGACUGUACAUCGACUAAAGUCCGUGGUUUGUCUGUUGCUGUACGAGAGGAAUAUGUUAAAUUUUUCAAAUCGCUUCUGGAAAAAAAUCUGACUGUAUCAAAGUGUAAAGAUGGGACAAGUUUGCCCAAAUUGAAAUCAACUGAUGUACAGAAUAUUGCUGCUAAUUUAGAAUAUUCGGUCUUUUCAGCUUCUAAAGUGGUCGCUCUCUACAGAAGGAAAGUUGCCAAUCUAUUUGCAGAUAUUCGGAAGCAAACAGAACAGUUAAACUUAUAUUCAAAUAUACGUGAUUACAUUGCAAAAGACAAUAUGUCGAAAGGAGUUGAAAAAUUGAUGAAACUACUUGAGGAAGAGAGCAGUAGUUCAUUUGAAAAGGCUAGUAGUGAUAUUGAUAAAUUAAACAAAGAAGUAGGUGGAACAGCUAAAAGUAAUUUAGAAACAAAAGAUUUUGAAGCGGAAAAAAGAAAUAUUAAAGAAUGUUACAUGAAAAUUCCUAAAAACCCCACUAAAUAUGACAAGUCUGAAAAAGAAAUUCAUGAUGAUGUCAAAAUAGACAUCAGUGAUAAAAAUGUUGAAAGUUUAACUGUAAAUAGGCAAAAUGAGCAAAUUGAACAGAAUGGCAUUGAAAAAAGUUCUAAUAUUACGGUACACUUGAAUAAUAUAGAUCAAAAUGUUAUUGCAAAUAUUGAAGACAUCAAUAAAGAAUGUACUCGUGUUGAUAUAUCAGAUGUACCAAUGGAUAUGCCAAGUUCAGAGGACAAACAAAAUAAUGUCACAUCAGAUUCAUAUCGUUUAUCUAGUGACAUUUCGCAAAAACGAAUUGAAAAUAUAGAGAAAGUACAAAAUUUGAAAAGAACGCAUGACAAUCUUGUUGAUAAUCCUACACACGAAGUUGAAGUUAAAAGGAAAAAAAUCUACUCUGAUAAUAUAGACAUUCCAUUUCACCACACAAGACAAAAACAGAGCAGAGAUCAAGAAUAUGCCAUUAAAAAAGAAAUGUCUGGUGUUGUCAUCAAAUAUUUGAUGCCCUAUUAUAAAAAGAAGGAAAUCUCAUCCAGAGAUGCCUUUAAACUUUUGGCUAGGAAAAUUGUUCACAGUUUGCUCCCUCAAAAAAAGACUUACGGUGAUCAUGAAAUAAGAAGUUACAUCAGUGAAAUUCAUAAAAAGGGAGUCUUUACAAAGAGCGCAGCUGAAAUUGAAAAAUGUGUACUUCAUAUUUGAAAAGAGAUUUGUUAAGUAUGUUUUACACCUACUAAUAAAAUUUGUUAUUUAUUUGUAAUCAUAUUUUGAUAUUUAUCAUCCUUGAUGGAUAAACAUUAAGCCCUUGUGUAUUUUCCUGAUGAAUGCGUCAAACAAAAAUCAAUCUGUCUUAUUCUAAUGCAUCGAAUCUGAAUUAUUUGAUAUUUUUUAAACCUUUUUCGGAUUGAGUUUUGUUUGCUAUAUGCGUUCCCCUGCCUAUAGCCUUGCCCACUAUGUUAUCCCCAGCCUGAUUUAUUUUUCAAUUAAGCAUCGAAUUUCAAAAAAAUAAAUUUUAAUUGUUA